UUAUCUGCACAUCUGUUUUGAUCCAGAGUGACUCAGCUCAAAGUAGUGCACAUCCAACCACAGGAAACUUUGUCAGGCACCAGAACAGACCUCAGAAGCAUCUGUACAAGCUGCUGAGAUUGUGGUUGUUCUUUAGUGCUUAAAUUGCACACUGCAUCACUUGGUUUACAAUCUUUUAUCUUUAAAUACAGCAUCAAAUAAGUACAUCUACAAUGUCAGUUUUGCUCAUCAUUUGGAUACUUUGUACUACUCUGGAUUUGUCAGACUCUACUCCUGACGAAUGUGAAGAUGAGAUACAGCGUCUUCGAGCGGAGUUGAAGAGUUUGGAACUUCGCCAGACAAAGCAACAGCAACUUAUUCAACGAUUAAUGAAUCACAACCAGAUGGAUGAACAUUCCCUAAAAGCGGGCUCAUUUUAUGACAUGGGAGACAAACAGUACAUGGACUGUGCUCAGAUCUUCAAAAAUGGCAGCACUCAGAGUGGGUUUUACAUGAUUAAACCACUGCUAAAUCUAGCCCGGAUCAGAGUGUACUGCGAUAUGACAGAGGGGGGUGGAUGGACAGUCUUCCAGAGACGCUCAGAUGGCAGUCAGUCAUUUGACAGAGAUUGGAAUGAUUAUAAAAUAGGAUUUGGUGACAUGAAGUCCGCUAAUGGAGAGUUCUGGUUAGGGAAUGAUAAUCUGCAUUAUCUGACAUCUCAAGGUAUUCGUCCCUGCAUAUCAGACAUUCUUUAA